CUCGAAGCCAUGUUCGAAGUUUGUUCACUUUUUCUCCGCCUGUUUCUUUUGAUUGGAAUCAAACUGUCGGAUGCUCUAUUUGGAAGACUUUGCCAAACAGGGCAAUGGUUCGCCCAAUGGAUGAUUCAGUGGCCUUUUUGGUUUGGCGCACUUUUCCUUCAGGCAAUCGGUAGUGGCUAUCCGUUAAUUAUUAUUUGGUUAUUCAUUCAUGCUCUAGGUUUGGUCAACCAAACACUCCGUUUACCGUUUCGUCCCAAGUUUCGCGCUGCAAAGAAAUUCGGGUUGGUUAUUCUUACUCGACUACCAGUUGCUGAGCAGGCUGCUGUAUCUGUCAAGGAGGAAGGAGCCUCGGAUAAUCUCUUACUCGCUAUAAAACAGCCGGCUUUGUUUGAACGCAUUCUAGUGGAACUCACCACCAAUUGUGUCGUUCAUUGGCUAACAACCCACUUGCCCGCCAAAUGGGUUGUUCCACAUCUUUACCUGGUUCACCAUCGGACGUACACAAGUGCGUUCACUUUGAAUGGGUGGUUGUCCAUCCUCCCCAAUCAUUGGAUGGCCAAACAGUGGUAUGAAAGGCGCCCUGCUCUCGAGUCUUCGAAACAUUCAUCCUCAGAGACGAACACAUUCGCUAGUCCCGAAUUACCGCGCGAACGUUCUUCGUCCAUCCUUUCAAUGGCACGAUUCAAUGCAAAUCAGCGCUCUCCAUGGGAAGACCCCACUACUUAUUACUCUUCCCGAAUGUUUGAUCAGCUGCCAAAUGAUCAUCUUGCUCAAGAGGCCUUCUUUGAACCGCAUCUCAGCACUUCUAUUAAGAAAACGGUGCACAAUGUCACCGUGAAUUAUGUUUCCGUACCAGGUCUUGGGUUUUCAGCUCUCCUGGAAGUUGGCCUCAGGGCUGCCCUACGCUCCAACUGCGACUAUGUCAUCGUUUUAAAUCCUCGAGCCCUGGGCAUUCGACCGGAACACUUAUCAAUCACAACUCAAUUGCUUUCUGGUCGGUCAACGAAAGGAAGACGUGCUGAUCGGGUUGAUAUCGUUUUAGGGAUUACAAGACCCUAUUUUCAGUUGAUGGCUUCCAAAGCAAACUCGCCCAGAAAGCUUUCCGGCUCUCCCUUGUCCUUGUCACAUACAAUUUCUUCGUCGCCUGUGUUCGCAAGUCCCACUGGCCUUUAUCUACUUGGAAUCCGUGGAGGUCAAAACUUAACAUUGCAGGCUCAUUCGCUGACCAAUGCAGUGGAAUGGUGUACUUCAACUGUGGCUGGUCGACUAUGGGCAAAUUUAACUCGCAACGCAAUCCCGUGGACGGUGGUUUGCCUUCGUGAACGUCUAGAGGAAUUGAUGCAACCGCCUGAUCUGUUGGCCUUGGAAACACAUAUCGGCAUCCCUCCGGGGCAGUUUCUUGAAGACAAGAUUACUGUAAUCAUUUCGAUGGGACCAGGACAUCCGGAUGAUUGUUUGGACGCGGAAGAAGACUCUGAUCUAAUUUACGUCAGUACUUCCAGGGCUCUUGAUUCUACGCUGGAACUCAUGGUUCAUAAUGCCUCUGGUAGUCGUGCCAUUGAGAUCAUAAUCAUUCACAGUGGCCCGAUUUCGACGUCUUCGCUCUCAUCAAGCCCUACAGAAUCGUUUCAGUUUGGUAGGACUCGUUUACGCCCUAAGAUCACAGUCUCCCUUCAUCAAUACGGUGGGCUAGGUGGAAAUGAUAUAACUACAGUCCCCCCAAAAAGAGGCGAAUUAAUCCGGUAUGCCGUGGACAAUCUGGCCAGAGGAUCGAUUUUAGUGUUCAUUGACCCGGGUGUUCAGCUCCCUGUCAACUGGGACUCCGCCGUGUUUCACAGUCUUCAACGUCCCGGGGUUGGGAUGGGUUGCUUUGCCUAUCGUUUACACUUACAUGAGAAGUAUAUCAAUCGAAAGAGCAUCAAGUGGGCCGUCAACAGUUGGUUGGCUAACUAUUUUGUCAAUGUUCAAACACGUUGGUCAGAACUCCCUAUUGUCGGACAACCUUGCUUCAUUUAUGCACAUUAUUUGGCUUGUCUUGGUGGGUAUCCGCGAUCCAGCCGUGCUCUUCAUUCCAUUGAUCUAGCUACGGCCUGCCACUGUCAUCUUGGUCGUGUGGUGGUUACCCGAUUUCACACUGCCGCGGCUGGAGUCCCAGCGGGAUUCGCUCUCCGUCAUGGGACAUUCCGAACAGCCAUCUACUCCGUUUCUAUUGCUUUGGCCCGCUACUUUGGUGCAUCCGAAGACGAACUGGAACAGAUGUUGACAGCGAACUGGCGUAGGCGUCGUGGUCGAAAUGGAGAGUAUCAACCGAUCCCGCGACAUGUUUUACCACUUGUCCAACCUUACUACUUAGAUGGCUAUUAAUUGAUUUCAUCACACUUUUCUAAUAUGCUUUCAUUUUUUAUUGAUCUGUGUACUUCACCAUGGUUGUUGCACGAGUUCUAGUCCAGAAACCAUCUUUCAUUUUUUGUUUAGUGAUAGAAUAAAAGUACUUGAUUCACG